AUGUCCUCAUUCUGGAAGAAGCGCAGUCUGAAGGUGCGCGAUACCGAGCGGACUCGCGCUGCCGAAUUGACCCUGCGAGAGUCGCUGUACCCGAUUUGUCUCGUUACGAGCCUGUUCUUCUUGUGGGGCUUCUCGUACGGUCUACUUGACACUUUAAACAAGCAUUUCCAAGAGACUCUGGGAAUCUCCAAGGCCCGCUCUUCGGGGCUUCAAGCGGCUUAUUUUGGUGCCUAUCCAUUGGCAUCCCUGGGCCAUGCGGCUUGGAUCCUCCGUCACUAUGGUUAUAGAGCCGUGUAUAUCUGGGGGCUUUUCCUCUACGGACUUGGCGCUCUCCUUGCGAUUCCCGCCAUUAAGGAGCACUCAUUCGGAGGCUUCUGCGCUUGCAUCUUCAUCAUCGGAAACGGCCUUGGUUCCCUUGAGACCGCGGCUAACCCGUACAUUGCGAUCUGUGGCCCUCCAAAGUACUCUGAGAUCCGCAUCAACCUUUCGCAGGCGUUCAACGGCAUCGGAACCGUGGUUGCACCCGUCCUCGGAUCGUACGUGCUCUUCGACUUUGACGACCAAAAGGCCCUAGAGAACGUCCAGUGGGUGUACACCGCAAUAGCCAUCUUUGUGUUCGCCCUUGCUCUGGUCUUUUUCUUUUCGACCAUCCCUGAGAUAACGGAUGCGGACAUGGAGUACCAGGCUCAGGAGACUGGCACCGGAGACAAUGACAAGCCGCUAAGAAAGCAAUACCGUCUCUUUCACGCGGCGUUUGCGCAAUUCUGCUACUGUGGUUCGCAAGUUGCUAUUGCAGGGUACUUCAUCAACUAUGUCACCGAAACUCGACCAGGCACCAGCUCCAGCGCUGGAAGCAAGUUCCUCGCUGGUGCUCAAGCCGCGUUCGCCGUCGGCCGAUUCGUCGGCGUCUUCCUCAUGCACUUCUACAAGCCGCGCUGGGUGUUUGGAGUUUUCCUGACCAUGUGUAUUGUAUUUAUAGCCCCAUCCAUCACCCAGCGCGGCAACACCGGCAUGUCAAUGCUCUUCGUUACCUUGUUCUUCGAGUCAAUCUGCUUCCCAACCAUUGUCGCGCUCGGCAUGCGUGGUCUCGGCCGCCACACGAAGAGGGGAUCUGGAUUCAUCAUCGGCGGUGUGAUCGGAGGAGCUUGUGUACCGCCAUUGCUUGGAGUGGCGGCAGAUGCUCGCAAUACGGGUUUCGCGAUGGUCGUUCCACUCUGUUUCUUUGUAGCGGCCUGGACGUAUCCGCUUUGUGUCAACUUUGUGCCCUCGUACCGCAACUGUGCGGAUGCGUACACUGCGGUCGACGUGGGCAUCCGUCCUCAGGAAGUCACUGCAGAUGAAGAAAAGGGCAGCCAGCGGACGACGGAAAGGGUGGUGGAGGGUCAGUAG